CCACCUAGCCCUGACUCUUUCCCAAAAAGCGCCUUACAUUCGUCAUUAAUCUCCUGCCCUGAGUUUGUGCCCGAGGACGCGAUCGAGGGGCUGGAUUCAUGUAGGAGGGCAAAGAUGGGACAAAGGAGCCAGGAAGACAGAAGUUUCAGAGGUAGGAAUAAAAGUGAGACCCAAGCAGCAUCAAGGCAACUACUGUAACUGGUUGAAGAGGCAGAAACUUAUCCAGUCAGAAGUUGUAGAGAAGUAAAGAAAAGAAGGAAAAGGUCUUUGGAAUUCAUGCCAGAGUUUUCAUUUUGAAGCAUGUGGUUUCAGAUGUGUGAGAGGCAAGAGUGACUGACAGGGAUUUGAGUGGAGUCAAUGGUGAAGACAUGGAGUCAGAAGGACUCUGCCCUUUGCUUCUGGGAGCACACACAGGAGGGAAUGGCUGCUGCAGCACCACCUGCCACGUGCCAGGGAUCUGUGACGUUCGAGGACAUGGCUGUGAUUUUCACAGACGAAGAGUGGAGGCAUCUGGUCCCUGUUCAGAGAGCCCUCUAUAAGGCGGUGAUGCUGGAGAACUAUGAGAGCAUCGUCUCGCUGGGUAAGGGGAGCUGCCCACGCUGGUGUGGGGCCGAGGAAUCAGGGCCUCCCACACCUGCGUUCUGAGUCACUUGAAGAAGAU